AUGGCUACUCUAUGGCGUUGCGCCUUCCCUGGAGUCAAAUACAAGACUACAUCCAUUCAGCCCUCUUCCUCCCCCCCCGAGAGAGUGCAUCAUCAUUUUCUACUUGCCAACGGCUGCCAUUGUGCUUCACAUCGCAUCCUCAAGCUGUCCAGCUGCUGUGGUUCGGACGUGGUACGAAACAAACCUUUGACCGAGUCUUACACACCACCAAGACACACAGCUGUCAAAAACACACUCGAUCCAGCUCAGCCCGGCUCACUCAUCCACAGCCCUCUCCCCACCGGAGAGACUCUCACUCUCACGCUCACUCUCGGUCCCCGACAUCCAAAGACCAGAAGGAGCCAGCGCGUGCGCACGGCAUCGCCAGGCCGAAACACGCUGCCCCGGAAACAAUUGGGGUCUGAGAAGGAGGCAUCCCGUCCGAUUGCUGUGGAUCAGCAUCUUGGUCUGACAGAACAGACACCAAAAGAGGAGAGGCUCGCCUAUACACGCCACACGCCUUUCUCUGCAUCUCCCUUGGAGAACCGACACGCUCGAGUCCUCCGCGUUCCAGUGCAAUCCCCGGGACCCGGACUCGCGAGACUAUUGCCGUCACCCAUUCCACGGGCAAUGUCUCUGGUGCACCCGCCCUCCUUGCCUGCAAGGGAGCCUGGGCAGGCUGUCGACUCCGUCAACGGCGGCCCCGAGACGUCAUAUACAGAGGCCUCGCAGCUCCCCUCCGAGUCCCACGAAACCUAUGACGACUGCAUCAUUGACCAGUUCUACGGCCUCGACAUUGACGACGACGACGACGACGACCAACAAGAAACAGACAUGAACGUCGCCGCACAGAAGAACGCCGCCGCCGGCCUGGCACCGCCGGCACUGCCCGCCAAGAGCGCCAUGAGAGCCUCUAGGCUGUUCGACGACCUCCAGCUGAAGCUGCGAGCGUCCAUCGAGGCCCACCAGAUCCUCGAGGCCCGGGACAUGCUCGCGACCGCCAACCCGCACGAGGUCUACAUGUCGUCUGAAGAGGAGGCGUCCUCCUCGGCCGACGACUUCUCCGACUACGACUACGACUCGGGCAACGACGACCCCCAGUCCCCAUCCCGACGCAGCUACGAAGACACGGCCAAGGUGGUCUCGGUCGUCUUCAUCGGCAAGCCCUCCCUCGUCGACCUCCCGUCCGUGCCCCGCCGCUCCGGCUCCUCGAGCACCGUCAACUCGCGCCGCGAGAGCAUGCUCUGCGCCCCGAGCGGCGUCCUCGCCAGCAUGACCCGGCCCUCGACCGCGUCGUCGGGCUCCAUCACCAGCAGCUCGCACUUUUCCUUUUCCUCCUCGUCGUCCCGCAAGAACAGCCUCAGCGGCAGCAACAAGUUCUCGUCCCUGCUGCUCGCCGGCAGCGGCAGGCACCAGAGGCAGCACUCGUUCCUCUCGAUCGACCCCUACGCCAACGGCAGCACGUACUCGCUGCCCACGACGCACGAGGAGGAGGACGACACCGAGGUGUCGGACGUCAGCCCGUCCAAGACGCAGGCGCUGUUCCGCGGCGUGUCCAAGACCUUCACGCUGGCCCGCAAGCGCAGCCGGCCCCUGCUCCGGGACUUUGCGGCCACGCAGCCCCGCGACCUCCCCGCCUCGCCGGCCAAGGAGGAGGUCGUCGCCGCCGCCGCCCCGCAGGAGAAGGCGCCCGAGCACCCCGCCGUGACUGUCAUCCCCGCCCGGCCGCAGACGCCUCCUCGGUCGCCGCAGUCUCCCGUCACCUACAACGAGAUCCUGCGGGCGGCGCGCAGGAACGCCUCGGCGUCGACGCCGCCUCGGCGGAUGUCGAUGGGCCUGCCCGAGUCGCCCGUCUCGCCGGUGACGGAGGCGCGGCGCAGUCUGCUGGCUGGACUGGCGGCGCGGAGGAGGGCGAACAAGGCUGCUAGCCGGCUUGUGUGA